UGCACCAAUCUAGCCUCGACACCGAUAUAAAGGUCGUACUACCUGCUCGUCGUCUACAGAUCCGACUCUUCAUCUACCUACUCCUCUAUCUAACUACCUGCUCUAGGCUCUAGUGUCAACUACGAUCAUGUAUGCUACACAUACCGUUGCCCUCUGCUUAUUGGCUUUAGUGUUAUGUGCUGAACCCAAGGAAGCUGAUGAAACUAAUGUGAAUGCUACGGAACAUAUUCGUUCUAAACGGCUCGCGCUCCACCCCUCUCAAUGGGCUUUACACCUCUGGCCGGGAGGAGUAGUACCAUAUGAAAUAGCACCACAUUACACUGAAUGGGAAAAAAGUGUGAUCUUGUCUGGCAUGGCCGAGUUUCCCAAACACACGUGCAUAACAUUCCGACCGAGAACCAAAAGUGAUAAGUAUUACUUGGCGAUCAACAAGUACUAUGAUUUGGAAAGGUGUUUCUCCUACAUCGGUCGACAAACAACGUAUCUGUUCCGGACAGAUGAGGGAAACGUUGAGACACGAAUGAAACUCGAUCCGAGUUGUCUAACGGUGAAUGGACGAGGAACAGUCAUGCAUGAAUUGAUGCAUAUCAUCGGCUUCUAUCAUGAACAUCAAAGGGAUGAUCGCGACCCGCGAGUGACCGGAAGCUCGUCUCAUUACAAUUACAAGGUGUAUCCGAGGGCCUCGACGUACUACAUGGGUGCGUACGAUCCGAAGUCGAUUAUGCACUACAACUUCCCGGGGAUCGUCUACCCGCGAACGUACUUUAGCCCAACGGAUAUUCUUCGCAUCAACACCUUGUAUAGGUGCCCACAGGCCACCACGACGAUGGAAUCACCGACAACCACGUCUACACCUUCAACAACUACACCAGCAGCAACUCGUCCAACAACACGAACAACUCGUCUGCUCUGGUUCAAAACUAGUCCUAGUGCUACAACAACUCGUCCGUCACCAACGACAACCACGCCCACUACCACAACAACCCGUACGACGCGAUUGACAGUCACGCCCACUACACGGAUUUCUCGUCCGAUCUGGUUCGAAGCUGCAAGAACAGCCAAGACAAAGCCUUGGUGGGCGACCGAACUGACCACGACUGCCAAAACACCAACGACAAAGCCGUGGUGGGUAACGACAACCACCAAAGCACCCACGACCAAACCCUGGUGGGUAACCACAAAAGGGAGUGGUCCAAUGUGGUGGACUACCACCAGCUCUUCAAAGAUGUCGAAGGGUGAUGAAGAACAGCUUGAUAGUAACGGGAUCCUUCGAAGAAUGUAACUCUAUUACAUCGUGAUUUUAUUGUAAAAAAAGAAAAUGGAGUGAGUAGGAAAGUAGGGUUGAAAGGGGCAAAGAACACACACUUCACUUCUUUCUACCGGGUGAUCUAUGAUAUUUGGUGCUUGAAGCUGUAAUAAGUCCUGUGAUCUCAUGUAUCUGCUGUUAAUAUGUAUCGAUUUUCAUUGUAUUAAAAUGUACAUGCACUCUGUUUGAUGAUAUUGGCAAGGAAUUCAAAUUGAUUAUCUCAAUUUGUCGAACAUUUACUCGUAUUGG